AAGGCAUUGAAAACGAUGGAUAUUAGCGCAUAAUAUCCAUGGCAAAAUGUCCACAAUAAGACAAAGCCAUCUCAGAUCGCUUCUAUCAUGAUCAAUUUACCUUGGCCGCUGAGCUUGUCUUAUUCAUUCAACUGCUGAAUCAGACAAACGCUCCGGCAUCCCGACAUGUUCAGCUCAAAAUGGUCGAUCAACGCUCCCUGUGCGUACGACUGUAAACAGCUGUGAUAAUUCGUGAUCCAAAAGCUGUUUGCCCUAUCAUUUACAGUCCAUCUACUGUAAAAUAUUCCAUAGCAACUUCCGUUCGAUUGUAAAUAAAACUUGCUCUCGGUCACCCUACUGUAAAUAAGAUUGAUACUAUUUGUUUAAUAGGUUUUGAAUUUCAAAAUGGCAAAUGUUGUACCACAGUCUAUUCACUGUAUUUUAAGUUGCACCUGUACUAAUGACUUAUAGCAGAGGAUGUCUUUUACAAUAGUAUAAGAAUUAUGGAAAGUAUUUGUUCCUCCGUAUAAAAGCUUUAACCUAGCCUUUUAUUUGUGGUUCUAUCUUAGUGUUUCAUUCCACCGUGAAACGAUGAUCCUGGUGGUUAGCAUUCUGUUGAUCACUGAUUUAGCAUGUGUACUUGCGAAAAAUGUGACGACUUCUACCAGUGCUGACGGUUUUAGUGGAAGUAUUCGGCAUCACGUGGUAGGUGGAGGUGAUGCUGGUCCGACUCCAUAUCAGGCAUCUCUCCAGAGGCAUGGACACUUUUGCGGAGGUGCUAUCAUUGAUCGACGGUGGAUCCUAACGGCUGCACAUUGUUUAGCUGAUGUGCUUCCUAGUGAACUGAAGGUCGUAGUUGGGACCACCCAACUGAGCAGGGGAGGCUUUCGAUUCAACGUGAAUAAAUUGAUUCAGCAUCCGCAUUACGAUAGGGAAAGAGUGAUCAACGACAUUGGCCUGGUUAGGAUUUGGGGGAUAUUUUUGUGGAUCCCAAAGUUGGUAGAACGGAUUGGCAUCUCUAAAGAUUAUGUGGCCGGCGGCAAGGAAGCGAUACUGAGUGGUUGGGGUGGUACUAAGCAGAGUGGAGCACAGUUAUCUGAUAAGUUACAAUUUAUUUUACUACGGGUUAUUGGGGAGGAACAGUGCAGGUCGAAACUGGACUUCAUUGGAGACGGUCAUAUCUGUACUUUUACCAAGGAGGGGGAGGGUAUUUGUGGGGGUGAUUCGGGCAGUCCAUUGGUGAGUGAAGGCAAGGCGAUUGGUGUUGCUAGUUUCGGACUAGGUUAUCGUCCUUACAAAACCUGUGCUGCUGGCCUGCCAGAUGGAUUUAGCAGAGUGUCUCAUUAUUAUGACUGGAUAAAGGAUAACAUACGACGAAAUGUUCUUGGAAUUUUCGGAUGAGAAAUGAACGGAAAUAUAAUUUUGUCAAACUUGUA